CAUCAAUCCUUCCGCGAGCACCGGAGUUGGUGCAAAGUUCAAUGAAGUUAAUCAACCACAGCACCGUCUAUCUGCUCAGCCCGACGAGAUAAUACUCGUUCUUAUUUAAGACACUUGAAAAUAGCGCACCAUCAUCAUCCUCGCCUGGCACUUAACGAUAAUUCUUUGUGCAAAGAGUGUGCCAUUCUCCGGUUGAAGUGGUGUUGUUUGGCAGCAGUUACAUUGAAAAGUCCACUGACCAUCGUUGAUCCCAGAGCCGGUGAUAAUAAUGGCUAAAUCGAAGACGAGCGGUGGCUACCAGCGUGGCGUUUACGGUGCCCUUCUUAAGCUGAUGCACUUCAUUGCCGCGGUGCAGUUCUCGUACGGACUGUACUAUGAUUUUGUUUAUGUGCACUUUCCGCCGGAGUUGAAACGGGCAGGGGGAGAGUUUGGUGGAAAGCUAAAAUUUCUUACCAUUUGGGAUGCGAUUCUCCAAGCUGUCUACUUUACUGUUUGCCUGCUGAAUGACUUCAUAGGAACCAACGAGGUUGCCCCGAAACGGAUGCCACUGAUCCGGAAGGUAAAAGAUUACAUGCUGGCCGCAUUUGCAUUCCCUGUUGCGCUGAACGUUGGUGUUACAUUCUGGACGCUGAUGGCAAUCGAUCGGGAGCUCGUUUUCCCGAAGGCUCUGGAUGCCGUUUUCCCUGGAUGGUUGAACCACGUCAUGCACACCAAUAUCGUCAUCUUUAUGGUGUUGGAAAUUUGUACCAGCUUCCGGCAGUACCCGUCCCGCAAGGCCGGCCUUACCGGGUUGGGCAUCUUCAUGGCGUCCUACCUAGCGUGGCUGCAUGUCGUCCGUCACUUUGGCGGUAUCUGGGUGUACCCGGUGCUGGAUGUACUGAACCUUCCGCAGCGCAUCGUUUUCUUCGCGGUCAGCCUUAUAUUCUGCGUUGGUCUGUACCUGCUGGGCGAGUUCUUCAACAAUCUUAUCUGGACGAAGGAGCUGAAGCAGCUCCGAACGGCCGCCGGCUCCGGAGCCACGUCCCAGCCGACACCGGUGGACGAUAAAUCGACCGAGCAUCUUAAGAUGAACAUUGUUUGACCACAAACAGGACCACAAAUCGCCAUGUGGGGCAGGGUAACCGAAAAAGGAGGAAAAACAGCUGAUCAGAUGUGCCCCAAAUUAUUGGGGGCCCACAAUUAUUUUGCAUUUAGAAUUAGUAUCAUCUAAUCGUAAGAGUACACUCAUUGGACGCCUGGUGAUGAUUCGGACUGCAUUGUCGUGGAGCAAACUCGCAUCGCGCCUUUUGAAACAGUUGUUUAGGAGGGUGCAGGAAGAAGAAAAAAGGUGGCUUAUAUUUAAAGUAGUCUAAAAUAGAAGAACCGAAGGCCCCGGUCAACCAUCAACCAUUAAUCUACUUAAAUCAAAUCUACCAUUGUACCAUCCAUUCUAGAUAUUUCCUUUAGUCUUUGAGUGUUGUUUGAAUGAAUUUUGCAUCACGCAUGUCUCUAGAAUCGGUCGCUCUGAGCGUUCGUUAGCGUCAAAUUAUUAAACUGGUUCCAUUAAACCAUGGACCAUUUAUUAAAAAUAUUUCAACGUAUUUAGAUGUGAAUGAAUUUGUCAAGUUUGAACGUGUCCGAUCGUAGAACCACUCGUAUCGUACCAGCACCACCAAAACCAAUUACUGACCAACAAGUACCAAAACAUAAGUAAACGUGCAACAGAAUCCCAACGUCAUGAUCGAAUUCGGACUGCAUUGCUGGCAGAAGCUUUGAAGAAUAUUAGGGGAGGGGAAAUAGUCUACGGAUGAAACGUUACUAUGAGCCAGAGGAACAAAAAUUAUUUAUCUUCUUAAAUCGAAUGUCACGAAAGUAUGAUAGAAAUUACAUCAAAACCGUUAUGCAAGUAGCUAGAAAUUCGGGUCCGACAUUAGCAAACGUUUGUUUUGUAGGCCAAUUGUCUAGUCCGUGUCGAUUUGUUCAAUGUUGCGUAUAUCACUUUAGAUGUGGCGUGUGUACUACUAGGUGUUAUUAUAUUCCUGCAUACACAAGCACGGUCGAUCGUAGAUAGUGAAAUUCAAUUUCAAUUUAGAUGGGGAAAUAUUUUCCACACAAAAAGUAGAGGAGAAAAUCUUAACACUGGCGAUAUUAGAUUUUUGUUGUGACGGGAAUAAAUACGGCGAUAAGGUGUCAUUAUACAGAAU